AUGAGUAUGAUUUAUUUCAAUAAUUCAAUACUACUCAUAAAAAAUAUUAUAAUAAAAGCUAUUAUAUUAUAUACUACUUAUAUCCUUAUUGUAUCAUUGGAAUAUCAAUCAUACUCAUCUUUAACAUUCUUACAUUCAACAUCAACAUCAUCAUUAACUGCAGCAGCUGCAUCAGUAUCAUCAUCAUCAUCAUCGUCGUCGUCGUCAUCAUCAUCAUCGUCAGCGUCAGCGGCUGGAUCAUCAUCAUCAGUAAAUUUCUUUAAUCAAAGAAAUGAUUGGUCAAUAAAAUUUUUUGAUUAUAUUAAAAUUAAUAAUAAUGAUAAUGGUGAUGAUAAUAAUCUUAUUUAUAAAGAACAACAAUUUGAAAAACGUGCUGUCAGUGAUUUAGAAAACCAAAAUAUUCAGAAAAGACAACAGCAGAUAUCGGAAAACACAACGGAAAUAACAACGGAAGAAUAUACAUCAGAACAAGAAAUAAUAACGAUUACGGAAAACACUGAAACAGAACAGACGAAAAUCGAAACAAAUGAAUCGACAACCACACUCAUCACAACACCCGCAACAACAACCAGCGUCAUGCACACCACCACACUCGAACAAACCACAUCGCUGCAAACAACACCUACAACACAGUCCGAAACACAGACACCCACCACAGUAACAACCACACAGACUACCCUAUCCACGCACACCGAAACGCCCACAACAACACACAUCAUGACUGAAUCUACAACCCCUACUCAAACACCCACGACGAUGACCACCACAAGCCUGACCACAUCACCAACAUCGUCCACAACUACACAAACACCGACCACGUCAACAACCAUCAUCACAACACCAUCACAAACACCCACUGUGGAAAACACAAUCACAACCGCAACAACACCAACACUCGCCACAACCACACACGCUCAAACAGACCAGUCGACAACCACAAUCACACUCACAACACCAACACUCUCAACAACUACCACGACCGAACCAACCACUACACAACAUUCACAAACAGACACCACCACCACCAUCCCGACAACUCAGAGCACAACAGCACCACCAACAACAACAACAUCACCAACAACCGAAUCGACAACCACACUCAUCACAACACCCGCAACAACAACCAGCGUCAUGCACACCACCACACUCGAACAAACCACAUCGCUGCAAACAACACCUACAACACAGUCCGAAACACAGACACCCACCACAGUAACAACCACACAGACUACCCUAUCCACGCACACCGAAACGCCCACAACAACACACAUCAUGACUGAAUCUACAACCCCUACUCAAACACCCACGACGAUGACCACCACAAGCCUGACCACAUCACCAACAUCGUCCACAACUACACAAACACCGACCACGUCAACAACCAUCAUCACAACACCAUCACAAACACCCACUGUGGAAAACACAAUCACAACCGCAACAACACCAACACUCGCCACAACCACACACGCUCAAACAGACCAGUCGACAACCACAAUCACACUCACAACACCAACACUCUCAACAACUACCACGACCGAACCAACCACUACACAACAUUCACAAACAGACACCACCACCACCAUCCCGACAACUCAGAGCACAACAGCACCACCAACAACAACAACAUCACCAACAACCGAAUCGACAACCACACUCAUCACAACACCCGCAACAACAACCAGCGUCAUGCACACCACCACACUCGAACAAACCACAUCGCUGCAAACAACACCUACAACACAGUCCGAAACACAGACACCCACCACAGUAACAACCACACAGACUACCCUAUCCACGCACACCGAAACGCCCACAACAACACACAUCAUGACUGAAUCUACAACCCCUACUCAAACACCCACGACGAUGACCACCACAAGCCUGACCACAUCACCAGCAUCGUCCACAACUACACAAACACCGACCACGUCAACAACCAUCAUCACAACACCAUCACAAACACCCACUGUGGAAAACACAAUCACAACCGCAACAACACCAACACUCGCCACAACCACACACGCUCAAACAGACCAGUCGACAACCACAAUCACACUCACAACACCAACACUCUCAACAACUACCACGACCGAACCAACCACUACACAACAUUCACAAACAGACACCACCACCACCAUCCCGACAACUCAGAGCACAACAGCACCACCAACAACAACAACAUCACCAACAACCGAAUCGACAACCACACUCAUCACAACACCCGCAACAACAACCAGCGUCAUGCACACCACCACACUCGAACAAACCACAUCGCUGCAAACAACACCUACAACACAGUCCGAAACACAGACACCCACCACAGUAACAACCACACAGACUACCCUAUCCACGCACACCGAAACGCCCACAACAACACACAUCAUGACUGAAUCUACAACCCCUACUCAAACACCCACGACGAUGACCACCACAAGCCUGACCACAUCACCAACAUCGUCCACAACUACACAAACACCGACCACGUCAACAACCAUCAUCACAACACCAUCACAAACACCCACUGUGGAAAACACAAUCACAACCGCAACAACACCAACACUCGCCACAACCACACACGCUCAAACAGACCAGUCGACAACCACAAUCACACUCACAACACCAACACUCUCAACAACUACCACGACCGAACCAACCACUACACAACAUUCACAAACAGACACCACCACCACCAUCCCGACAACUCAGAGCACAACAGCACCACCAACAACAACAACAUCACCAACAACCGAAUCGACAACCACACUCAUCACAACACCCGCAACAACAACCAGCGUCAUGCACACCACCACACUCGAACAAACCACAUCGCUGCAAACAACACCUACAACACAGUCCGAAACACAGACACCCACCACAGUAACAACCACACAGACUACCCUAUCCACGCACACCGAAAUGCCCACAACAACACACAUCAUGACUGAAUCUACAACCCCUACUCAAACACCCACGACGAUGACCACCACAAGCCUGACCACAUCACCAACAUCGUCCACAACUACACAAACACCGACCACGUCAACAACCAUCAUCACAACACCAUCACAAACACCCACUGUGGAAAACACAAUCACAACCGCAACAACACCAACACUCGCCACAACCACACACGCUCAAACAGACCAGUCGACAACCACAAUCACACUCACAACACCAACACUCUCAACAACUACCACGACCGAACCAACCACUACACAACAUUCACAAACAGACACCACCACCACCAUCCCGACAACUCAGAGCACAACAGCACCACCAACAACAACAACAUCACCAACAACCGAAUCGACAACCACACUCAUCACAACACCCGCAACAACAACCAGCGUCAUGCACACCACCACACUCGAACAAACCACAUCGCUGCAAACAACACCUACAACACAGUCCGAAACACAGACACCCACCACAGUAACAACCACACAGACUACCCUAUCCACGCACACCGAAACGCCCACAACAACACACAUCAUGACUGAAUCUACAACCCCUACUCAAACACCCACGACGAUGACCACCACAAGCCUGACCACAUCACCAACAUCGUCCACAACUACACAAACACCGACCACGUCAACAACCAUCAUCACAACACCAUCACAAACACCCACUGUGGAAAACACAAUCACAACCGCAACAACACCAACACUCGCCACAACCACACACGCUCAAACAGACCAGUCGACAACCACAAUCACACUCACAACACCAACACUCUCAACAACUACCACGACCGAACCAACCACUACACAACAUUCACAAACAGACACCACCACCACCAUCCCGACAACUCAGAGCACAACAGCACCACCAACAACAACAACAUCACCAACAACCGAAUCGACAACCACACUCAUCACAACACCCGCAACAACAACCAGCGUCAUGCACACCACCACACUCGAACAAACCACAUCGCUGCAAACAACACCUACAACACAGUCCGAAACACAGACACCCACCACAGUAACAACCACACAGACUACCCUAUCCACGCACACCGAAACGCCCACAACAACACACAUCAUGACUGAAUCUACAACCCCUACUCAAACACCCACGACGAUGACCACCACAAGCCUGACCACAUCACCAACAUCGUCCACAACUACACAAACACCGACCACGUCAACAACCAUCAUCACAACACCAUCACAAACACCCACUGUGGAAAACACAAUCACAACCGCAACAACACCAACACUCGCCACAACCACACACGCUCAAACAGACCAGUCGACAACCACAAUCACACUCACAACACCAACACUCUCAACAACUACCACGACCGAACCAACCACUACACAACAUUCACAAACAGACACCACCACCACCAUCCCGACAACUCAGAGCACAACAGCACCACCAACAACAACAACAUCACCAACAACCGAAUCGACAACCACACUCAUCACAACACCCGCAACAACAACCAGCGUCAUGCACACCACCACACUCGAACAAACCACAUCGCUGCAAACAACACCUACAACACAGUCCGAAACACAGACACCCACCACAGUAACAACCACACAGACUACCCUAUCCACGCACACCGAAACGCCCACAACAACACACAUCAUGACUGAAUCUACAACCCCUACUCAAACACCCACGACGAUGACCACCACAAGCCUGACCACAUCACCAACAUCGUCCACAACUACACAAACACCGACCACGUCAACAACCAUCAUCACAACACCAUCACAAACACCCACUGUGGAAAACACAAUCACAACCGCAACAACACCAACACUCGCCACAACCACACACGCUCAAACAGACCAGUCGACAACCACAAUCACACUCACAACACCAACACUCUCAACAACUACCACGACCGAACCAACCACUACACAACAUUCACAAACAGACACCACCACCACCAUCCCGACAACUCAGAGCACAACAGCACCACCAACAACAACAACAUCACCAACAACCGAAUCGACAACCACACUCAUCACAACACCCGCAACAACAACCAGCGUCAUGCACACCACCACACUCGAACAAACCACAUCGCUGCAAACAACACCUACAACACAGUCCGAAACACAGACACCCACCACAGUAACAACCACACAGACUACCCUAUCCACGCACACCGAAACGCCCACAACAACACACAUCAUGACUGAAUCUACAACCCCUACUCAAACACCCACGACGAUGACCACCACAAGCCUGACCACAUCACCAACAUCGUCCACAACUACACAAACACCGACCACGUCAACAACCAUCAUCACAACACCAUCACAAACACCCACUGUGGAAAACACAAUCACAACCGCAACAACACCAACACUCGCCACAACCACACACGCUCAAACAGACCAGUCGACAACCACAAUCACACUCACAACACCAACACUCUCAACAACUACCACGACCGAACCAACCACUACACAACAUUCACAAACAGACACCACCACCACCAUCCCGACAACUCAGAGCACAACAGCACCACCAACAACAACAACAUCACCAACAACCGAAUCGACAACCACACUCAUCACAACACCCGCAACAACAACCAGCGUCAUGCACACCACCACACUCGAACAAACCACAUCGCUGCAAACAACACCUACAACACAGUCCGAAACACAGACACCCACCACAGUAACAACCACACAGACUACCCUAUCCACGCACACCGAAACGCCCACAACAACACACAUCAUGACUGAAUCUACAACCCCUACUCAAACACCCACGACGAUGACCACCACAAGCCUGACCACAUCACCAACAUCGUCCACAACUACACAAACACCGACCACGUCAACAACCAUCAUCACAACACCAUCACAAACACCCACUGUGGAAAACACAAUCACAACCGCAACAACACCAACACUCGCCACAACCACACACGCUCAAACAGACCAGUCGACAACCACAAUCACACUCACAACACCAACACUCUCAACAACUACCACGACCGAACCAACCACUACACAACAUUCACAAACAGACACCACCACCACCAUCCCGACAACUCAGAGCACAACAGCACCACCAACAACAACAACAUCACCAACAACCGAAUCGACAACCACACUCAUCACAACACCCGCAACAACAACCAGCGUCAUGCACACCACCACACUCGAACAAACCACAUCGCUGCAAACAACACCUACAACACAGUCCGAAACACAGACACCCACCACAGUAACAACCACACAGACUACCCUAUCCACGCACACCGAAACGCCCACAACAACACACAUCAUGACUGAAUCUACAACCCCUACUCAAACACCCACGACGAUGACCACCACAAGCCUGACCACAUCACCAACAUCGUCCACAACUACACAAACACCGACCACGUCAACAACCAUCAUCACAACACCAUCACAAACACCCACUGUGGAAAACACAAUCACAACCGCAACAACACCAACACUCGCCACAACCACACACGCUCAAACAGACCAGUCGACAACCACAAUCACACUCACAACACCAACACUCUCAACAACUACCACGACCGAACCAACCACUACACAACAUUCACAAACAGACACCACCACCACCAUCCCGACAACUCAGAGCACAACAGCACCACCAACAACAACAACAUCACCAACAACCGAAUCGACAACCACACUCAUCACAACACCCGCAACAACAACCAGCGUCAUGCACACCACCACACUCGAACAAACCACAUCGCUGCAAACAACACCUACAACACAGUCCGAAACACAGACACCCACCACAGUAACAACCACACAGACUACCCUAUCCACGCACACCGAAACGCCCACAACAACACACAUCAUGACUGAAUCUACAACCCCUACUCAAACACCCACGACGAUGACCACCACAAGCCUGACCACAUCACCAACAUCGUCCACAACUACACAAACACCGACCACGUCAACAACCAUCAUCACAACACCAUCACAAACACCCACUGUGGAAAACACAAUCACAACCGCAACAACACCAACACUCGCCACAACCACACACGCUCAAACAGACCAGUCGACAACCACAAUCACACUCACAACACCAACACUCUCAACAACUACCACGACCGAACCAACCACUACACAACAUUCACAAACAGACACCACCACCACCAUCCCGACAACUCAGAGCACAACAGCACCACCAACAACAACAACAUCACCAACAACCGAAUCGACAACCACACUCAUCACAACACCCGCAACAACAACCAGCGUCAUGCACACCACCACACUCGAACAAACCACAUCGCUGCAAACAACACCUACAACACAGUCCGAAACACAGACACCCACCACAGUAACAACCACACAGACUACCCUAUCCACGCACACCGAAACGCCCACAACAACACACAUCAUGACUGAAUCUACAACCCCUACUCAAACACCCACGACGAUGACCACCACAAGCCUGACCACAUCACCAACAUCGUCCACAACUACACAAACACCGACCACGUCAACAACCAUCAUCACAACACCAUCACAAACACCCACUGUGGAAAACACAAUCACAACCGCAACAACACCAACACUCGCCACAACCACACACGCUCAAACAGACCAGUCGACAACCACAAUCACACUCACAACACCAACACUCUCAACAACUACCACGACCGAACCAACCACUACACAACAUUCACAAACAGACACCACCACCACCAUCCCGACAACUCAGAGCACAACAGCACCACCAACAACAACAACAUCACCAACAACCGAAUCGACAACCACACUCAUCACAACACCCGCAACAACAACCAGCGUCAUGCACACCACCACACUCGAACAAACCACAUCGCUGCAAACAACACCUACAACACAGUCCGAAACACAGACACCCACCACAGUAACAACCACACAGACUACCCUAUCCACGCACACCGAAACGCCCACAACAACACACAUCAUGACUGAAUCUACAACCCCUACUCAAACACCCACGACGAUGACCACCACAAGCCUGACCACAUCACCAACAUCGUCCACAACUACACAAACACCGACCACGUCAACAACCAUCAUCACAACACCAUCACAAACACCCACUGUGGAAAACACAAUCACAACCGCAACAACACCAACACUCGCCACAACCACACACGCUCAAACAGACCAGUCGACAACCACAAUCACACUCACAACACCAACACUCUCAACAACUACCACGACCGAACCAACCACUACACAACAUUCACAAACAGACACCACCACCACCAUCCCGACAACUCAGAGCACAACAGCACCACCAACAACAACAACAUCACCAACAACCGAAUCGACAACCACACUCAUCACAACACCCGCAACAACAACCAGCGUCAUGCACACCACCACACUCGAACAAACCACAUCGCUGCAAACAACACCUACAACACAGUCCGAAACACAGACACCCACCACAGUAACAACCACACAGACUACCCUAUCCACGCACACCGAAACGCCCACAACAACACACAUCAUGACUGAAUCUACAACCCCUACUCAAACACCCACGACGAUGACCACCACAAGCCUGACCACAUCACCAACAUCGUCCACAACUACACAAACACCGACCACGUCAACAACCAUCAUCACAACACCAUCACAAACACCCACUGUGGAAAACACAAUCACAACCGCAACAACACCAACACUCGCCACAACCACACACGCUCAAACAGACCAGUCGACAACCACAAUCACACUCACAACACCAACACUCUCAACAACUACCACGACCGAACCAACCACUACACAACAUUCACAAACAGACACCACCACCACCAUCCCGACAACUCAGAGCACAACAGCACCACCAACAACAACAACAUCACCAACAACCGAAUCGACAACCACACUCAUCACAACACCCGCAACAACAACCAGCGUCAUGCACACCACCACACUCGAACAAACCACAUCGCUGCAAACAACACCUACAACACAGUCCGAAACACAGACACCCACCACAGUAACAACCACACAGACUACCCUAUCCACGCACACCGAAACGCCCACAACAACACACAUCAUGACUGAAUCUACAACCCCUACUCAAACACCCACGACGAUGACCACCACAAGCCUGACCACAUCACCAACAUCGUCCACAACUACACAAACACCGACCACGUCAACAACCAUCAUCACAACACCAUCACAAACACCCACUGUGGAAAACACAAUCACAACCGCAACAACACCAACACUCGCCACAACCACACACGCUCAAACAGACCAGUCGACAACCACAAUCACACUCACAACACCAACACUCUCAACAACUACCACGACCGAACCAACCACUACACAACAUUCACAAACAGACACCACCACCACCAUCCCGACAACUCAGAGCACAACAGCACCACCAACAACAACAACAUCACCAACAACCGAAUCGACAACCACACUCAUCACAACACCCGCAACAACAACCAGCGUCAUGCACACCACCACACUCGAACAAACCACAUCGCUGCAAACAACACCUACAACACAGUCCGAAACACAGACACCCACCACAGUAACAACCACACAGACUACCCUAUCCACGCACACCGAAACGCCCACAACAACACACAUCAUGACUGAAUCUACAACCCCUACUCAAACACCCACGACGAUGACCACCACAAGCCUGACCACAUCACCAACAUCGUCCACAACUACACAAACACCGACCACGUCAACAACCAUCAUCACAACACCAUCACAAACACCCACUGUGGAAAACACAAUCACAACCGCAACAACACCAACACUCGCCACAACCACACACGCUCAAACAGACCAGUCGACAACCACAAUCACACUCACAACACCAACACUCUCAACAACUACCACGACCGAACCAACCACUACACAACAUUCACAAACAGACACCACCACCACCAUCCCGACAACUCAGAGCACAACAGCACCACCAACAACAACAACAUCACCAACAACCGAAUCGACAACCACACUCAUCACAACACCCGCAACAACAACCAGCGUCAUGCACACCACCACACUCGAACAAACCACAUCGCUGCAAACAACACCUACAACACAGUCCGAAACACAGACACCCACCACAGUAACAACCACACAGACUACCCUAUCCACGCACACCGAAACGCCCACAACAACACACAUCAUGACUGAAUCUACAACCCCUACUCAAACACCCACGACGAUGACCACCACAAGCCUGACCACAUCACCAACAUCGUCCACAACUACACAAACACCGACCACGUCAACAACCAUCAUCACAACACCAUCACAAACACCCACUGUGGAAAACACAAUCACAACCGCAACAACACCAACACUCGCCACAACCACACACGCUCAAACAGACCAGUCGACAACCACAAUCACACUCACAACACCAACACUCUCAACAACUACCACGACCGAACCAACCACUACACAACAUUCACAAACAGACACCACCACCAUCCCGACAACUCAGAGCACAACAGCACCACCAACAACAACAACAUCACCAACAACCGAAUCGACAACCACACUCAUCACAACACCCGCAACAACAACCAGCGUCAUGCACACCACCACACUCGAACAAACCACAUCGCUGCAAACAACACCUACAACACAGUCCGAAACACAGACACCCACCACAGUAACAACCACACAGACUACCCUAUCCACGCACACCGAAACGCCCACAACAACACACAUCAUGACUGAAUCUACAACCCCUACUCAAACACCCACGACGAUGACCACCACAAGCCUGACCACAUCACCAACAUCGUCCACAACUACACAAACACCGACCACGCCAAUAAACGUCACUACAACUUUUUCGCAGAUCAAAAAUUUCACGUUUACUGAAUCUGCCCAUUUCUUCACUUCCGAUUUCCUUUAUCUUCCUGUGUUUGCAACGGAAUUUAGUGGUUUUCUUGUUGAUCCUGUGUUACCUUCUGUUUCAACAAAUUAUUGGAUUGAUUCAACUAUUUAUCAUCAAACGAAUAAUUCAGCAAUUGAUUGGGAUCCAUCAUAUGCUGAUACAACAUCAUUGAAUUAUGCUGUAUUAUCUAAACAAUAUUGCUAUUUGAUCAUGAGAACUUUAGAAAAAGCUACACUCACAGCUAAUAAACAAAAAUCUUGUACUAAAGUAGUUUUUUCACCAAGACAAAUAUUAAUUAUUUGGGAAAAACGACAAGCUACAUCAAAUACAACAUCGAAUGUAGUCGGUGGUAAUGCUACCAUACAAAUUAAUUCAACAUCAACGGAUGUCAUUAAUACAACUGAUUUUACUAAUGCAUUUACUACAACGUAUAAUACAAGUGUUCAAUCAAAUGAUACAGUACAAUUGUAUGAUAUACAAGCUGGACAUACAACCACAACUGCAACAACCUCCAUCACCACAGCGUCACAAUCAACACCAAUCUCCUCCAGCACAACUCCAACGAUCACCAACCUCACAACUCCUACUGCUCAAACUCCAUCGACAGAAACCACAUAUACCAUAUCACCAACUAUCACAAAUCUCACUUCUUCAAUUUCUCAAAGUGUCUUCACAGCUGUUUCAACUAGUUCGACGUUAUCUGUUUCGACAUUAAUUUCCGAUACACCAAACAUUACGAAUAUUACGCAACUAACCAAUGAAUUAACAACGACUGUAAAUACAACGGACUUCAGUUAUUCAACAGGAGAAAUAAAAUUUCUAACGACAACAUCGACACAAACACCAUCACCAUCACCGUCCACCUUCACAGGAACAUCAACUACACAAUCACAACAAUCUGUCACACCAUCAACAACAUUCAAUCUCUCACAAACUACUCACACUCCAACUGCAACUACUUCACUACCACUGACAGUGUCAACGUCCAACGCAACAUUCACACCAUCACCAACACUGUCCUCUGUAGCCACAACCAGUGCUUCCGAUUCACAAUUCACCGGAUCUACAUCACAAACACCAACAUCCACUCACACAAUUGACACCACAUCAUCAACACAGUCAGCCACACAAACACCAUCACCAUCACCGUCCACCUUCACAGGAACAUCAACUACACAAUCACAACAAUCUGUCACACCAUCAACAACAUUCAAUCUCUCACAAACUACUCACACUCCAACUGCAACUACUUCACUACCACUGACAGUGUCAACGUCCAACGCAACAUUCACACCAUCACCAACACUGUCCUCUGUAGCCACAACCAGUGCUUCCGAUUCACAAUUCACCGGAUCUACAUCACAAACACCAACAUCCACUCACACAAUUGACACCACAUCAUCAACACAGUCAGCCACACAAACACCAUCACCAUCACCGUCCACCUUCACAGGAACAUCAACUACACAAUCACAACAAUCUGUCACACCAUCAACAACAUUCAAUCUCUCACAAACUACUCACACUCCAACUGCAACUACUUCACUACCACUGACAGUGUCAACGUCCAACGCAACAUUCACACCAUCACCAACACUGUCCUCUGUAGCCACAACCAGUGCUUCCGAUUCACAAUUCACCGGAUCUACAUCACAAACACCAACAUCCACUCACACAAUUGACACCACAUCAUCAACACAGUCAGCCACACAAACACCAUCACCAUCACCGUCCACCUUCACAGGAACAUCAACUACACAAUCACAACAAUCUGUCACACCAUCAACAACAUUCAAUCUCUCACAAACUACUCACACUCCAACUGCAACUACUUCACUACCACUGACAGUGUCAACGUCCAACGCAACAUUCACACCAUCACCAACACUGUCCUCUGUAGCCACAACCAGUGCUUCCGAUUCACAAUUCACCGGAUCUACAUCACAAACACCAACAUCCACUCACACAAUUGACACCACAUCAUCAACACAGUCAGCCACACAAACACCAUCACCAUCACCGUCCACCUUCACAGGAACAUCAACUACACAAUCACAACAAUCUGUCACACCAUCAACAACAUUCAAUCUCUCACAAACUACUCACACUCCAACUGCAACUACUUCACUACCACUGACAGUGUCAACGUCCAACGCAACAUUCACACCAUCACCAACACUGUCCUCUGUAGCCACAACCAGUGCUUCCGAUUCACAAUUCACCGGAUCUACAUCACAAACACCAACAUCCACUCACACAAUUGACACCACAUCAUCAACACAGUCAGCCACACAAACACCAUCACCAUCACCGUCCACCUUCACAGGAACAUCAACUACACAAUCACAACAAUCUGUCACACCAUCAACAACAUUCAAUCUCUCACAAACUACUCACACUCCAACUGCAACUACUUCACUACCACUGACAGUGUCAACGUCCAACGCAACAUUCACACCAUCACCAACACUGUCCUCUGUAGCCACAACCAGUGCUUCCGAUUCACAAUUCACCGGAUCUACAUCACAAACACCAACAUCCACUCACACAAUUGACACCACAUCAUCAACACAGUCAGCCACACAAACACCAUCACCAUCACCGUCCACCUUCACAGGAACAUCAACUACACAAUCACAACAAUCUGUCACACCAUCAACAACAUUCAAUCUCUCACAAACUACUCACACUCCAACUGCAACUACUUCACUACCACUGACAGUGUCAACGUCCAACGCAACAUUCACACCAUCACCAACACUGUCCUCUGUAGCCACAACCAGUGCUUCCGAUUCACAAUUCACCGGAUCUACAUCACAAACACCAACAUCCACUCACACAAUUGACACCACAUCAUCAACACAGUCAGCCACACAAACACCAUCACCAUCACCGUCCACCUUCACAGGAACAUCAACUACACAAUCACAACAAUCUGUCACACCAUCAACAACAUUCAAUCUCUCACAAACUACUCACACUCCAACUGCAACUACUUCACUACCACUGACAGUGUCAACGUCCAACGCAACAUUCACACCAUCACCAACACUGUCCUCUGUAGCCACAACCAGUGCUUCCGAUUCACAAUUCACCGGAUCUACAUCACAAACACCAACAUCCACUCACACAAUUGACACCACAUCAUCAACACAGUCAGCCACACAAACACCAUCACCAUCACCGUCCACCUUCACAGGAACAUCAACUACACAAUCACAACAAUCUGUCACACCAUCAACAACAUUCAAUCUCUCACAAACUACUCACACUCCAACUGCAACUACUUCACUACCACUGACAGUGUCAACGUCCAACGCAACAUUCACACCAUCACCAACACUGUCCUCUGUAGCCACAACCAGUGCUUCCGAUUCACAAUUCACCGGAUCUACAUCACAAACACCAACAUCCACUCACACAAUUGACACCACAUCAUCAACACAGUCAGCCACACAAACACCAUCACCAUCACCGUCCACCUUCACAGGAACAUCAACUACACAAUCACAACAAUCUGUCACACCAUCAACAACAUUCAAUCUCUCACAAACUACUCACACUCCAACUGCAACUACUUCACUACCACUGACAGUGUCAACGUCCAACGCAACAUUCACACCAUCACCAACACUGUCCUCUGUAGCCACAACCAGUGCUUCCGAUUCACAAUUCACCGGAUCUACAUCACAAACACCAACAUCCACUCACACAAUUGACACCACAUCAUCAACACAGUCAGCCACACAAACACCAUCACCAUCACCGUCCACCUUCACAGGAACAUCAACUACACAAUCACAACAAUCUGUCACACCAUCAACAACAUUCAAUCUCUCACAAACUACUCACACUCCAACUGCAACUACUUCACUACCACUGACAGUGUCAACGUCCAACGCAACAUUCACACCAUCACCAACACUGUCCUCUGUAGCCACAACCAGUGCUUCCGAUUCACAAUUCACCGGAUCUACAUCACAAACACCAACAUCCACUCACACAAUUGACACCACAUCAUCAACACAGUCAGCCACACAAACACCAUCACCAUCACCGUCCACCUUCACAGGAACAUCAACUACACAAUCACAACAAUCUGUCACACCAUCAACAACAUUCAAUCUCUCACAAACUACUCACACUCCAACUGCAACUACUUCACUACCACUGACAGUGUCAACGUCCAACGCAACAUUCACACCAUCACCAACACUGUCCUCUGUAGCCACAACCAGUGCUUCCGAUUCACAAUUCACCGGAUCUACAUCACAAACACCAACAUCCACUCACACAAUUGACACCACAUCAUCAACACAGUCAGCCACACAAACACCAUCACCAUCACCGUCCACCUUCACAGGAACAUCAACUACACAAUCACAACAAUCUGUCACACCAUCAACAACAUUCAAUCUCUCACAAACUACUCACACUCCAACUGCAACUACUUCACUACCACUGACAGUGUCAACGUCCAACGCAACAUUCACACCAUCACCAACACUGUCCUCUGUAGCCACAACCAGUGCUUCCGAUUCACAAUUCACCGGAUCUACAUCACAAACACCAACAUCCACUCACACAAUUGACACCACAUCAUCAACACAGUCAGCCACACAAACACCAUCACCAUCACCGUCCACCUUCACAGGAACAUCAACUACACAAUCACAACAAUCUGUCACACCAUCAACAACAUUCAAUCUCUCACAAACUACUCACACUCCAACUGCAACUACUUCACUACCACUGACAGUGUCAACGUCCAACGCAACAUUCACACCAUCACCAACACUGUCCUCUGUAGCCACAACCAGUGCUUCCGAUUCACAAUUCACCGGAUCUACAUCACAAACACCAACAUCCACUCACACAAUUGACACCACAUCAUCAACACAGUCAGCCACACAAACACCAUCACCAUCACCGUCCACCUUCACAGGAACAUCAACUACACAAUCACAACAAUCUGUCACACCAUCAACAACAUUCAAUCUCUCACAAACUACUCACACUCCAACUGCAACUACUUCACUACCACUGACAGUGUCAACGUCCAACGCAACAUUCACACCAUCACCAACACUGUCCUCUGUAGCCACAACCAGUGCUUCCGAUUCACAAUUCACCGGAUCUACAUCACAAACACCAACAUCCACUCACACAAUUGACACCACAUCAUCAACACAGUCAGCCACACAAACACCAUCACCAUCACCGUCCACCUUCACAGGAACAUCAACUACACAAUCACAACAAUCUGUCACACCAUCAACAACAUUCAAUCUCUCACAAACUACUCACACUCCAACUGCAACUACUUCACUACCACUGACAGUGUCAACGUCCAACGCAACAUUCACACCAUCACCAACACUGUCCUCUGUAGCCACAACCAGUGCUUCCGAUUCACAAUUCACCGGAUCUACAUCACAAACACCAACAUCCACUCACACAAUUGACACCACAUCAUCAACACAGUCAGCCACACAAACACCAUCACCAUCACCGUCCACCUUCACAGGAACAUCAACUACACAAUCACAACAAUCUGUCACACCAUCAACAACAUUCAAUCUCUCACAAACUACUCACACUCCAACUGCAACUACUUCACUACCACUGACAGUGUCAACGUCCAACGCAACAUUCACACCAUCACCAACACUGUCCUCUGUAGCCACAACCAGUGCUUCCGAUUCACAAUUCACCGGAUCUACAUCACAAACACCAACAUCCUUUAUGGGAAACCAUCUGAGUUCUUCAUCUUCUUCGUUUUUCUCUUACUCUACCCCUGCUUCUUUUGAUGUUUCUUCUUCCUCGUCUUCAAAAUAUGUGAAUGCUGUUACGUCCACUUUUCCAAAUUUGAUCACAUACACAUCUUCAUCUCUUAUUGAUUCUUCCGCCUCAAUUUCAACCACGUUUCUUUCGCAUUCAACCGUCAGUUCAUUGUUGAAUACCAGUCCUUAUAUUUCGUCGUCAUUUUCACCUGUCCUACCAUAUAACUCCUCGUCUACGACCGUUACUGCAUCUGCUGUACCUGGUGAAUCAUCUACUUCCAAGGAAUUUAUACCUACUACUCCUACUCCUACUACUACGACUACUACUACUCAAUCAACAACACCAUCAAUAACAAUAACGGCACAACCACAGGCAGAAGUAUUAUCGACAACAACUCCAACAACAAACUUGGCUAACACAACAACACCAACCUAUGAUGGAGUUCCUACAUAUAGUUUUAUUGAAUUUUCUCUUGGAACAAGACCAUCAACAGCAAUUUUACCGGUUGCUCUACCACUCGUUUCUACUAAAUUUGAUGUAAAAUCAAAUAUAUAUAAUCAAGUUAAUGAUACACCAGUUGAAUGGAUUGAAGAAUAUAGCAAUCCAAAUUCAGUUGGUUAUAGCAACUUAAAAACAAAAUAUUGUGAUUUAUUACUAUACUACUUAAAACAAGGUGAUAACAAUGCAGCAGAUGGUGCAAGUUGUGAAAAAGUGACUUUUACACCAGUAACCAGUACUAAACCAGAUGGUACAGUAGUAAGAAGUGUACAAGGUGAUUCAGUGAUUAAUGUACCAACAACAACCGGAACAAAAUUAACGGGUAGUCAACUUUAUGGAUUAUUUAUAAAUGGAUAUAAUAAAACUAGCACCUCAUCAUCAUCUAUUAAACUAAAUGCAUUAGAUGUUCAACGCACAACAGGUACAAUUACAUGUUCACAAUUUACUAAUCCGUGUGGAGAACAUGCUACAUGCCGUGAUUCACCACCAGGUAUUACCUGUUUUUGUAAUUCAAUGUGGAAAGAUAUGAAUCCAGAUGAUCCUGGAAAACACUGUGUUUUACAUCCAGCUGCAAUUGCAUUAAUCGCUUUAGCAUCAUUAUUAUUAUUGGCGGCAUUAAUCUUAUUACUUAUCUGUUUACUACGUAGACGUCGAAGAAGGAAUAGUUCCAUAUUAGCAUCAACAGAUUUAGCAACAUUGAAUAGAAUGAAACAAACUAAGGCGUGGAAAUCAAAAUUAGAUAAAAAUAAAUUUCAAUUUGAUGAAGAUCAGUCCAUUUCAAUUCCACGUGCUUCAGUGACAGGUAGCCCAAUUGGAUUAUCAUCAAUUCCAGCGUCGCCAGUACCACUGACAGGUUUACCAAUGCCACUCACUCCAGUGGGGAAUAACAUGAUUGGCGGUCUUCCACAAGCAGUUGGAUCUGCAUUGCCUCUUACAGGAUCAACACUCCCGUUGACUGCGAUUAGAGGUGGAAUGCCAAAUAAUAUCAUUGACGGUAUUCAACAAAUUCCAGCAUCGCCAGUACCACUGACGGGUUUACCAAUGCCGCUUGCUUCAGUGGGGAGUAACAUGAUUGGUGGUCUUCCACAAGCAGUUGGAUCGCCAAUUCCACCAACAGCUUUACCGAUACCACUUGCUCCAAUGGGAAGUAACAUGAUUGGCGGUCUUCCACAAAUAGUAGGAACGUAA